AUGAGCGAAGAGGAAGAAAGAGCAUCAACUGCAGCCACAGAUGACUUUGGUGCACUGCAUGAGGAUGAUGAAGACUUGGCUUCCGCAAUGAGCAACUGCGCAACACAAUGCACUGACCACAACUAUGGGUUGCGACCAGAAGCAAGUGAUGACCCCCGCAAAGUGUUGCUGCAGCAGCGAAGCACAAUAGAAGACCUGAUAGAAAAAGAGAAAGAGCUUCAAGGCCUACUUGAAGAGAAGAACGCUCAGCUCGCAGCACUGCAAGUGGAAUGCCACAGGAAAGAAGGCGAGGUGUCCCACAGAGAUCUCCAACUUAUUAAAGAACGCCAACGCAACCAGUGGUUGCAGACACAGCUCAGGGCCGCGUAUCAAAUUGUACAAGAGGCGGAGGAGAGGUCCACUGAAAACUGCUUAUCCUACAAUGCCCUCACAAAAAAUGAGAAGGACCUCCAAUACUAUGCAGGAUUUGCCUCUGUCGCACUGUUGCAAAACUUGUAUGCAAUCCUGGAACCUGAUGUGAAGCAUCUCCAGUUCUGGCAGAUGAAAAGAGCUGCGGGUACGGAGGAAGAAAGAAGAUUUGUUGUGUCACUAGAAGACCAGUUCAUCAUGACACUGGUGCGACUUCGUCAUGGCCUGGAUGGUGCCGACCUUGCUCGAAGGUAUCAAGUCUCAAAAUCCACUGUGUCCCGUAUAUGGACAACGUGGAUUGACUUUUUGUUCAACAGGCUUAUACAGAUUCCCAUAUGGAUGUCUUCUGAGCUGUGCGACAAAUACCGGCCAGCUGUGUUUCAAGAAAAGGGAUACAGCACUGUUGACGGGAUCCUGGACUGUACGGAGAUCUUCAUUGAGAAGCCGUCGUCUUACAGAGUGCAAAGCGAAACCUAUUCGUUAUACAAAAAAGCCAACACUGCAAAAGGCCUUGUUGUUUGCAGUCCUAAUGUAUUUGUAACAUUCGCCUCUGACUUAGUUCCUGGGAUGAAGUCCGACAAGGAACUCACACUUGAGUCAGGUGUACUGAAGCAGUUUGAGAAGGGAAGAGCAAUAAUGGCCGACCGUGGUUUUCUAAUAGACAAAGAGUGUGAACAGGAGUCUCUGAUCCUGAAUAGGCCACCAUUCUUAAAGGGGAAACCACAACUUUCGGUGACAGAAGAAGCCGAGACGCGUAGAAUAGCAAGCUUACGCAUUCACUUUGAACGUGUCAUAGGUAGGAUAAAGUCCUUCAAAAUCCUCUCGCAUGUCUUUCCGAACAGCAUGUCACAAGAGGUGAACAAAGUGUGGCAUGUCUGUGCAAGACUAGUGAACUUUGUGGACAGACCAUUCCUCAGCAGAAGCUGUUGA